AUGUCUACAGGUAGAAGUUGUGUGAACUCGGAGAUCCCUCUGCGUGAGGACACUCUACGCCUGGCUAGGGAAGCCCGGUGUGAUCAAGGUACGCACGAAGUGGAGGUGAGCUUUAACGCCGAGUCGGACCUUCAUCACGCCCUCAUCAUGUGUGACAAAAACCCUGGACACCACAACUACACACCUGUCCGCGAGAUCUCCCUGGAUAAGUUCCCCGAAUGUGUGCAGGAUAUAGAAGUUCUGGAGUUUAUCAAAAUAAAAGCUCAGGAAACAGUCCGCCUGACCUGCAACGUCACCAGUCUGGCCAGACCGGAGGGCUAUACUUUCCAUAACUACAGGGGCAGCUCCAUGAUGAGAUGUGGUAGUGGUCGAGUCUGGGGCGUGUUUAAGGACCGCAUUCGAACAGACAUCCCUUGUCCGUUUGGUGACUGCCAGGAGACUAAGGGUCCUCACACCGUGUCUGGCUACAUCAAAGUACACACAGCCAUGCAUGUUAUCUUUGAUGAUGCUGAAGCACAAAGCACACUUGUGGACUUUUUCUACGAUAUACCCAAUGAUCGGUCGUCAGUGGUCACUGCACGAGGUGUCCAGGUGGUCAAGAGUGAUGUUCAAGGUGACUAUUGCAUCAUAGACUGUGUGACACAUGACCCAGACCUGUGUACAACCAUGGACUUCAUCAGACAGCAGUGGACAUCCAGAUGGCCACAGGUGGAGAAAGUUCUCUAUGGCAACAACGUGUCAGUGGCCAUUUCCCACCCGCAUGGUUGUUCUAAACAGUUCAGCAUUGGGACUUUGAUUCAGAGAGAGUUCAAGAAAGUAGGUUCGGACCAGUGCUGGUACAAGUACACAUACAAGGCAGCCACGUGUCCAGGAUGUUCUGGGGCUCCUGUCUGGGUCUCUGGAGGUGAUGGUCUGCCUUCUUCCUACGCGCCCCAUAGCGGACAUGAGGGCAACGCGGUCAACCGGUCAACCGUCUGGUUUUUGUGGAAAAGUGGCCAGGAGCAGAUAUGA